UUUUUUUUUUUUUUUUUAUUACUUUCUUCUUUAUUUUCCCCCUUUUAGUAAUAAAAAGAAAAAAGAUAAUCAAAUAUAGAAGCUGAUGUCUGUUUUAAUUCCACCACCACUUGGAUUAGGUCGUCCAAGUCAAAAAAGCAAAAAAUAUAAAUUAAUUGUAAUUCAACAUCCAAUUAGGGCCAGAUGUUGUGGAUUUGGAGAGAAAGAUAGAAGACCUAUAGAUCCUCCACCUGUUUUACAAUUGUUUAUUGAAAAACCAGAUGGUACAUUACAAAAUGCAAACGAUGAUGAUUGUAAUAUCUCUUUAUUCGUCGUUCAAUGCGAUCUUUACUCUGAAGAUGGAAAAGAACAACGCGGGCAUGUCUAUAAUCCUUCUUCAACAACCUCACCGAAUGGUACAUUUGAAAAGCCAAUACCGACAACAGGGACAUUACUAUCUUUUCAAGAUCCAGCGCCUACUCGUUCGCUUAUGGGUGCUGUUGUCUCCAAUGCUUACCAGCUAACAGACCAUCAUAAUCAGCCAGGUAUCUUUUUUAUAUUUCAAGAUCUUUCUGUACGAGUCGAAGGUCGAUUCAGUUUGAAGUUUAUGUUUAUUAACCUUUCGGCUGGUGACCCACUCACCAUGAGCACACAAAUAUCUGAUUCAGUCUUCUCUGAUCCAUUUACUGUUUAUUCAGCCAAAAAUUUUCCAGGAAUGACAGACUCUACUCCACUUUCACAAUGCUUUUCACAACAAAGCAUAAAAAUCUCGAUAAGAAAAGGUAGGAGGAUACGUCGAGUAGUUGAUCGAACUUCUUACAACAACAAUACCUUAGUUGAUCACCAUCGCACCUUGAAGGAUACUGAUUAUGAUAAUACACCAUCUUCGUCUAAAACUACGCCUAACAAUAGCAAUCGUACUAUUGACAGCAAUCAUGCACCUCCUUCUACGAAUAACAAUGAGGAAGAAGAGCAACAACAACAACAACAAGAACAACAACAACAACAACAAGAACAAGGAUCUUCCAGUAAACCCACCUAUAGACGUAUCCAUAUCUCUACUUUUCUAUCGCCACCUUGAUACAUUCUUCCUUUUUUAUUUUCGUUUUGUAUAUAACCCGAGAAAAAAAAAUACAUCUUCUUAGCUAUUACCUUUUUUGUAAAUGUAUAAAGAAGUUGUUCUUUUUUCAAAAAAAAAGCCUUCUUGCAUCUUAUGGCUUUUACCUAUUUAGGCUACUUGUGCAGCAAGAAAACAAGAAAGUAUUGGCAUAGGCUUGUUACACAUGCAGACAGCGAGAAAGUCGUACACAAGGAUAAUAAAUUGCUGUACC